UUAUUUUUUACAUUCAUUGAUAAACGCUACGCUCUAGUGACCGGUAGCGUGUUUGCUAAAUUUUAUAAAUAAUAACAGAAUUCCAUCGAAUUAUAACAAAAUGAAAGGCGACAAAAACGUAGACAUCCAAGCUCUAAAAGACAUCGCCAACAAGCUGAGAAUUGAUAGUAUUGUUGCUACAAACGCUUCAAAAUCCGGUCACCCGACGUCAUGCGCGUCAAUGGCGGAGAUAAUGUCCGUGCUCUUCUUCCACACCAUGCGGUACAAGAUCUCCGCGCCCAGGGACGCCUCCGCGGACAGAUUCAUACUCUCCAAGGGUCACGCCGCCCCAAUCCUAUACGCGGCGUGGGCUGAAGCCGGUCUAUUCCCUGUGGACGAGCUGAAGAACCUUCGCAAGUUGGAUUCUGACCUCGAAGGUCACCCGACCCCUAGGCUCAACUUCGUGGACGUCGGCACAGGCUCCCUGGGUCAGGGUCUCGCGGUGGCCGCUGGUAUGGCCUACGUCGGGAAGUACUUUGACCAGGCGCCUUACAGAGUAUACUGCUUAGUUGGAGACGGUGAAGCUGCUGAAGGUAGCAUCUGGGAAUCCUUGCACUUCGCCAGCCACUACAAACUAGAUAACUUGGUGGUCAUCUUCGACGUCAACCGGUUGGGCCAGUCAGAGCCUACUUCACUGCAACAUCAGUUGAACGUCUACGACGCUCGUCUGAAGUCAUUCGGCCUCCACUCCCUGGUGGUAGAUGGUCAUGACGUCACAGAGUUGGUGAAGGCGUUCGACGAGGCUGCCAGCACUUCCGGCAAACCCACCGCCAUUGUCGCCAAGACCUUCAAGGGGAAGGGAUUCCCAGGUAUCGAGGAUCUGGAGAACUGGCACGGGAAGGCUUUGGGAGCUGAUGGAGAGAAGAUCAUCAAGCACCUCCAAACUCAGAUCAAGAAUGCCAACGUGUCUCUCAAACCCAAGGCUCCGCUAUCCGAGGCGCCCAGGGUUCACCUGAGCGACAUCACCCUUUCCUCCCCUCCUUCGUACAAGGCGGGAGAGUUGGUUGCUACCAGACUGGCCUACGGAACUGCUUUGAAGAAGAUCGCAGACACUAACAUGCGAGUCAUCGCUUUGGACGGAGACACCAAGAACUCUACUUUCAGUGAUAAACUGCGCAAUGCUUACCCUGAGAGAUACAUUGAGUGCUUCAUAGCCGAGCAGAACCUGGUGGGAGUGGCGACCGGCGCCGCGUGCCGCGACCGUGCUGUGGUGUUCGCCUCCACUUUCGCAGCAUUCUUCACCAGGACUUUUGAUCAGAUCCGCAUGGGUGCCAUCAGCCAAUCGAACAUAAACCUGGCGGGGUCUCACUGCGGAGUCAGCAUCGGAGAAGACGGCCCUUCUCAAAUGGGGCUCGAGGACCUGGCUCUGUUCAGAGCCGUGCCCACCGCCACCGUCUUCUAUCCAUCAGACGCGGUGUCGACGGAGCGCGCCGUGGAGCUGGCGGCCAACACGCGCGGCAUCUGCUACAUCCGCACCUCUCGCCCCAACACCGCCAUAUUGUACCCCAACGAUGAGGUCUUCAAGGUCGGGCAAGCCAAAGUUGUGCGAGAGUCCUCGAAAGACAAAGUUUUGUUGAUCGGUGCUGGCAUCACUCUACACGAGUCUUUGGCCGCCGCUGACAAGCUGAAGGCAGAAGGCGUGGACGCAAGAGUACUAGAUCCGUUCACAAUCAAGCCCUUGGACGAAGCCGCGGUCAUCAAGCACGCGAGGGCAGUCGGCGGCAGAGUGGUCGUCGUGGAAGACCACUACCAAGCUGGCGGUAUCGGCGAAGCAGUCCUCUCGGCCGUGGCGCUGGAGCGGGACAUCGUGGUGAAGCACGUGUUCGUGAGGGAGGUGCCCCGCUCGGGCCCGCCCGCCGCGCUGCUCGACAAGUACGGCCUCUCCGCGCCCCACGUCGUGGCCGCUGCUAAGGCGGUACUCAAAGCUUAAACUGCAGUGGAAACUGGUGACGUGCAUAGUGAUAGAUAUCAUCUGAGCUGCAUGAAGAUAAAAGUCUUUUGGAUAUAUUUUAAAAUGUUUAAGGUUAGAAAUCUUUGUUAGACAAAAACAGAGCGGGAUAGAAAAUUAUCGAUCUCUCGCUGACCUUAAUUGGAUAGAUGUGGAAGGAAGGUGUAUUUUGUAGUUUACAAUAAGCUUGCCCAUAGUCGCCAUUUUGGAAACUUUUUCUAUAGCCGUCGACUUUUGUAUGAUAUGUGGCCCGCCCACGAUUACUUUAGCGAACUAAGAGAUAGUCUUUAACUGCUCUGAAGAAUAUCUAUGCACGUCACUAACAAUUCAAUUACUUUUGUUUUAUACAAAACCAGUGACUGUAUUCAUUUUUGUUUUAACGAAAAUCCUUAAUUUCCGCCAGGAGCGCUAAUUACAAUUCCAUAUAGUUAUUUACAGUCACUAGAUUGAAACAAAACUCAAGGUAAAUAUAUUCGUUAGUUGCUGUUCUUGUCUGGUUCGUUGCGUGUAAUGAAAUACUGUUUCAGUCGAUAGAGGCGCCCUAAAAACAAGUUUUUUUUUCUCUUCAUAAACGCCGAUUGGCUCAUUUUAAAUACUAAGGGCUUCGCUGGUAAUUCUGUACGUAUAUUGCCGUAUUUCAUAAAUAUUUAAAAAGUAAAAAAAUAGAUUGUGCUGUGAUAUAAUAUUGUUACAUCAUAAAAUGUGACUGAUUAAAAAUUCAUAAUUGACAUUAAUAUACAUUCCAUUUUUAGAAUAUAAAAAGAAGCAUAAACCAUUACAAGAACAGCAUCUUUUUUUUAAUUUUAUACCAUAGACAAUUUUUAAUGCCAUCUCUGAGUCUAUGGUUCUUAGUUCCUAAGUUUCAUUUUUGUCGGUAGAUAUAUCGAUUUACGUUGUUUGUUAUGUAUUUACAUGAAUGGAGAUCUUUUUUUUUAUAUAUAUAUGUAUAAGUGCCUUUAUAUAGUACCUAUGCUGAACAAGGUUUUUUUAGACUGUUGGAAGGAUUUUGGAAAAGAUUAUUUUUGAAGGGUUAGGAUUUAAGGUCAUUAAUCUUAUCGAAUCAUGUUCAUGUAUGUUUUUUUUUAUAUAACAUUUUUAUUUUGAUCCCAAUUUUCGUAGUGAUAUCGUAAAAUAGGACGGAAGUGUGUAUUAAAAAUGCGAGCAUUCUCAUUGGUCUAAAAAAGUGCCAUGUGAACAGUUUUUAACAAUCACUAUGGGAAAUUGGGAUAUACAUUUCUAAGUGUUACUACACAUAACGACUAAUAUAGUUCGUUGUUUUUUUUAUGCUUUUGUGGGGCCAAGACUUUACAAGUUUUUA